AAGCAAAAAAUUCAAGUUACUAGCUUGAAAAUUCAAGAUACUAACUUGAAAAUUCAAGAUACUAACUUGAAAAUUCAAGAUACUAACUUGAAAAUUCAAGAUACUAACUUGAAAAUUCCAGAUACUAACUUGAAAAUUCAAGAUACUAACUUGAAAAUUCAAGAUACUAACUUGAAAAUUCAAGAUACUAACUUGAAAAUUCAACAUACUAGCUUGAAAAUUAUUGAAAAUUCAACAUACUAG